AUGUUCAAUUUUAAGUUGCUAAUUUUGUUGUUGGGUAUUUCGGUGCUGUCCUAUUCUGAGGCAGAGCCUGAGACUGAAACGGAAACUGAACCAGAACCAGAAACCACAACUGUUAACCCAGUAACAACGACCACUCCGAGGGACUGUAAUAUCUACUAUAGGAACUAUCAGUGGGCUCUGCAAGACUGUGUCUGUCGUUGUUUCCAAAAUGGAUGUCUUAUGGAUAUUGAAAACACUCGUCGAGUUAAGGAUGGUGAAACUCCUCUGGUGCCCGUCUCAGAAGAACUUUGCAAAAAUUUCAUCAGCAAGAAGUGCAGCGUCGGAUUCCCCGUGGUAGCUGAGUUCCCCAUUCCAGCUCCUUGUGGCUGCAACAGAAAGCCAGGAUCAAUUGCCACAGAGCGAUUUUACAGCCUGUGUCAUCUGCUUAAGUUCUCAUCUGAAAACAGAAAGCCAUUCCUAAGCUACUCCUAUUGUUGGCCCAUCUAA